UGGUGUUACGUGUUCGAGGCGAGCCUGUUCCCGGAAAAUAUUACGAAAGUUGUAAACAUCGAAAUAGCUGAUACACUAUAAUCAUGCACGUCACAGCAGCAGUCCCUGAAACACGGGUGCAAAGAUAAGAAUGGGUUGAGAGUGUUUCUGGUGAAUUACGAGGAAAUGUUUAGAAUAGAUGGAUGCCACAGGGUCUACAGAGCAACAUCUCGAUGACUGGGAUGACAUUAGCGACUCAGAAUUCCUCAACAUCCCGUCUGAGGAAAUAAACUGUGAUUACCAGCAGGCUCUUAUUAGUGAAACUGAUGCUGUCUGUUCAGUGGCCUUUGAAAGCCCCAGUGUGUCCUCCCCAUCAGUGCACAACCACACUGAAGAAUCUACGGAGCAUGGAAAUGUACAAACGGAUGAGGUGAGGGGUUUAAAGAGAAAGAAUCUCCACGAAAACAGCUUCAGUCCGAUGCAGAGCUUUCUGAAGCGACAUCUAAGUGUGACCCUGCUGUGCGACCAGUCGUGGUGUGAGAUGAAGACUGUUUACAGUCUCUUGAAACCACAUGUCAAGAGAAAGGACAUGCGGCGGGCUGAGGUGCAGAUGGGAAGGCAAAUUCAUUUAUCAAGAGAACUGGAGAUACAGGACCAUGUCCCUGUAGAAAUCCAGACCAGAGAGGAUGCAGAAGCUGUCAAACUUCUCAACAUGUUGCACAUGAUUCCACUGUUAGAAGCAGGAGAAUGUGUGCGAGAGUUCACUGUGUUUGGUUUACAGGAAGGUGUUUUUAUCAUGGGGGUCAUUGAUGAGUUGAGGUAUAACCAGAAGGGGGAGCUGGUCCUAAAUGAGCUUAAGACUCGCAAACAGAACUCAAUGCCUAGUUAUGCCCAAGAUAAGGUCAACUGCUUGCAGGUGGGGCUAUAUAAAUUACUCUUUGAUGGACUGGUCAGAGGGGAAAUGAAGAAAGACCACAUUCUAAAUCACCUUAAACUGCGCUCAGGUCAAGCGCUUGGAGCCGGAGUGCAGGCCUAUGUGCAAAGUACUGGGGUUCAGAUUGCCACUUUUGGGGAGCUGGUGGAUGCCCUUCUAAUAGCUGUGUCUUGUUCUGAUCUCCCAUGCAUUGACCUGCUUCAGAUUGAAUACUAUCACCAAAGCUCUAGGGGACCUAUUGGGACCAGAGUCGCUCCGUUUGAUGAAGCCCAACUACGGGCAGAGCUUCAGGGUUAUCUGGCCUACUGGACAGGCCAGAGGGAGCCCAGAGGGGUGGACAUAGAGGAUGCCUGGAAAUGUAGGUCAUGCCUGUAUGAGCAGACCUGUGAUUGGACAAAGAACAGAACACAAGACUCUGACCAACAAGCAUCUCAUGUUAGCUGAUAUUCAACACUGAUCAUGUUAGAGAGGAUAAUUCAAACCUUUGCCUGUGACCACUUUUAAUGACCUUUAUUUUUAUUUUCAGCUUUGAUAUUUUAUAUUUGUAUCAUUCUCAUGUGAUCUAUCAGUUUUUGUCUUUCAGUUGAAGUGAUGUGAGCAUUUUUAUGCUACUCUGUAAUGACAGAGGUAGGCAGUAUGAAUUCUUAUUACACUGCUCUUUGGAAUACUCGAUUCUGAUUGGUCAAUUUUGCCAUCUAGCAGUCUGAUAUUUCUCAGUAACAAACGCACAGCCAUGUAUCAGAACGCUAAUCCGGGAAUUGCAAAUUUGCGAGUCGUCUCGGAUCAUUGUGCGAUCACUACGAGUAAGCUAAUAAAAUAAUUUCAACUCAAAUCAAUGUUUCAUGUGCAUCCAUUUGUUUAUUGGCAAGUAGUCUUGUAAUAAGCUGGAAAUGAGCAGUCAGCAAUCCUUAUUUACAAAAUAAACACCAACAGAACUCCGACGCAAACCAGAGGUGGAAUUUAGCUGUUCAGUGAUUUCUUUCUUCUCACAUAAUUAAUUAAUUUCAACGAAAACAAUGUUUCAUGUCCAUUUAUAUUAUAUUCAGGGUUCAAUACAAAUUAAACUUAAUCGACAGGAUUUGUGGCAUAAUGUUGAUUACCUCAAAAAUUAAGUUAAAGAGUUAAAGUGAUGCACGUAUAAUGGUAGUGAAUGGGUCCAAUCAGUAAACGUUUAAAUAUUCACUGUUUCAAAAGUAUAGCCACAAUACAUUAACAAUGUGUGUUAAUAUGAUUUUAGUGUGAUAAGAUCGCUUGCUAACCUUUCUGUGUAAAGUUAUCCAGUUUUACUAACUUUGAAUUGUUGCCAUGUAAAAAUGACGAUUUAAACAACUUUAUAGAUCAAAUAAUUCACUAGUUUAAACAGAACAGUUAAUGUAAGUGCUUAUGUAAGAAGCUUUACAUUUCUGCUUUUUAAACCCUCAAAAAUGUUCUCCAUUCUUUAAAGGAGGAAUAAGUUGAAAUUAAUUUUUGUGAUAAUUAACAUUGUCACAAAUGUUCUCGAUUUAAUUUGUAUUGAACAAGGAAUAUUACUUUAAUAUGAUAAAUGACAUGAUAAAUUUGACAUUAUCAGUUUUGCUCCUUUAUAGAAUUGCAAAGCUCAAUAUGACAGUUAUUACUAGUAUGAAAUCAAUGAACAAUGACAUGUGAAAAAGACUGGAAAUGCCAUAUUUUGUAUUGCUGAUUUUCCAAAGUGACAAGCUAGCGUUGAUACGGUAGGCAAAGCUAUUGCUUGUUUAUUUGGGCUUGAAAUUAAAUUAGGAGUCUGGGCUUCAUCACUGGCAUUCUCUAUGUCAUGUCACAGACCGCAGGCCUCUGGAGCAUGCCCUCGUUAUCAAUAUGAUACAGUGGGGCUAUACACAUCUGGCAUUUAAAAGAGGCCACACACUCCCUCAGGGUGCUCAUCAUCUGAACUUACAUCACACACCCACACACUGAAAAACAAUUUACCCGACUUUUAAACAAAAUGCACAAAUGUUUGAAUCCGUUCUUAGGCUGCUUGACAGGAUAGAGUAAUCACGAGUGAGUGUGUUAGGCUUAGUGUGUUUUAUAUCAAAUAAAAAGUAAAUGUAAACAUUUUUAUAAACUGAAAUAAAUAUGAAAAAGUAGCAUAACUGGAGAAACUGAAGCUAAAUUACAAUACAUUGUCAUGGCUCUAAACAUAUCUGCAUAUUUGUUAAAAUGUUAACUUUCGCAGCCCUUAAAAAUACUAAAACUAAACUAAACACAAAAUGUAGACUAAAACUAACAGUCAUAGUGACAACUAACAAAAACAGCAUUAAUGGAACUGAUAAACUGAAAUAAAAAACUGAAUUUAACAUUUAAACUAUAACCUAGGUGGCCAGAUACUAUCAAUGUUGUUUUAUUGCCUUUGGAGGCAUGUUUAUUUCAAUUAUGAAUUCACAUUAUGGGAAUUCUUUCUCAUUAAUUUCCUUAUUGCUUACCUCACAAUCAACAGACAACUGAGAUGGUAAAUCAUAAUAGAGAAGAUUCAGCCCUCUAAUUUGAUAGCCGUAAUGAUUUUGGCCUGCUUUGCCCAUGCUCAUGCAUCAUCCAGCGGUGAGGCUGAGAGCAGGGUGUUAUUAGAUUGUAAAGAUGGAGGUCUGCUCUAAUUUGUUGGUCGAUAAGCUGAGAGCCGUGCCCUGUGCUGUGUUCGCUCAUGUCUACAAUAAGCUACCACACCAUCUCCUUUAACGGCAUGACCAUAGGAAGCUGCAAUACAGACCGUCUGAUGAAGUUGCUUAGACGCUAACAACCUCUCAUUCAAGGCUUUUAAAAGCUCUCCCUCUCACUCUACUGCACUUCACUUCAGCCACUGCAAACUCUGUCACCUGGCAGAACCAGCAGCCAUGCAACACUAAUGUGCCACAUCGGUUCAUGCUCUGUUUGUCUUGCUCACUGAUUUCCACCAAAUGCAAUUCCUGCUUUCCCUGAUCAAAUAGAUUGCACAACAAAAGAGUCUCUGCAUUGUAAUUGCAUUAAGCAUGGACAAAAAGGAGUUAAAAAGGCCUGUUUUUCUUGGGAGGAAAAAGGUUAAAUGAUGUGUGAAACAAAGUGCAAUCAUGUCGGAUGAUUUAACUGAUGCUCAUGUGAGUGAAAAAUAUGUUAUAAAAUAUAUAUAUAUAUAUAUAUAUAUAUAUAUAUAUAUAUAUAUAUAUAUAUAUAUAUAUAUAUAUAUAUAUAUAUAUAUAUAAAUAUGUUGCUUCAUAUUUGUCAGGACUUUGCAUUGACGAAUAUCAUUACAUUUGAUUAAAUGAUCCCAAGUAAGCAAAUAAUUCUUCCGGCAUAUUACACAGAAUUUACAUCCUGUGUAAUAUGAUUUUAUAUGAUUUUGUUUAAUCAUGAUAUAUUUUCGGAGUCACGUGACACCAUGUGAGGAGCGGACGUGUAAAUGACGAGCUCUGCGCACUUUGAUAGUUUUUAAUUAUUUUUAUGUCAUAAACCAGUGAGAUUCGAUACACCCUGUUACAUAUCUGUUUUUUUAAGUCAACGGGGCAAAACAUUUAAAAUCUUCGGGCUCUGGAGAUAUUAAAAGACACUUACAUGCUCAAACUGAUACCUCAGGUAGGCCCGCAGGCCAGGGGCUCGGUUUGGACGGUAAGGUGGGAGAAAUUCAAUGCCAUCUGGCGAGCAUGUCUGUGAUGCUGACGAAAGUUGUUGCUGACUUAGAGGAUCUUGCUGUAAUACGUCGAUCGAUUACUUCGAUGGAAACAAAAUUCUCUGAGUUGGUUACAAGAAUCGGGGACGUCGAGAGACGGAUCGAUUAUCUGGAGUCUUUGGAGAGGGAAUUAGCUGCUAAUCCACUAGCCUCUAAAGCAGAUUUGGAAUGCGUUUGGGAAAAACUGGAGGAUUUGGAGAUCGUAAUCGGCGAAACAACAUCCGAAUUGUUGGAAUUCCUGAACAUGAAGAAGGCAGAGAUAUGGUGAAAUUCCUAGAUGAGCUCUUCCCGAGUCUGCUCGACAUAACAGGCUAUAAGCUGGAAAUCAAGUGAGCUCACAGUGUCCUUGCUUGCAGAUCUGCUGAGGGAGACAGGCCCCGAUCAAUUCUAGCCAAAUUUCUGAGAUCAUCCGAUAAAGUUCUUGUGUUGCAAUAGGCGAGGAGCAAAGGAAAGCUUUCUUGGAAGAAUCAGCAUUUUCUUGUUCCCAGACUUUGCGAAUUUGACGAGAGAAACGUGAUCGAUUCAAGGAAUGCAAGAAACUCUUACAUCAACGAAAGAUCGCUUUUGCUCUGAUGUUUUUGGCCAAACUGAGAACUGAUACUAAGGAUGGCCGCAAAAUAUUUACAUGCCCGCAGCAAGCAUUGUCUUUCAUAGAGACAAUGGGGUGAGUAAACCAUUUGAUGUUUCUCAUGUGGCCCCCGAGUGAGCUCGUCUCUCUGAGCAUACACUUGACUGUCUGAGGAAGCUGAGCGCCAUUUUGUUCCUUUUUGUGUUGGUUCCGCCUAGUGGCUGGAGUUUGUUUUGUGGAAUAACACUCCUUCGGGACAGUUGUGGAUGAGUCUGCCCGUUCUUUGUGCUUAUGCCUCCUGUUGGCUGGAGUUUGUUUUGUGGAGUAUUUUUUGCAGGACAUUGGAAGGAUUAGGUCAUCUGCUGCAUUCAUGAACAGCCAGCUCACUGAACAUUUGUUUGACUGCCCGAGGAAACUGAACGGAAUUGAUUUUUUAUUUUUUUGCGCUGGUUCCGCUAGUGGCUGGAGUUUGUGGAGGAACACACCUUCGAUACAGUUUUGUGAAUUAAUCUACAAGUUGUUUUUGUUUAUUCUGCCUAUUGGCUGGAGUUUGUUUUAUAGAUUAUUUUCUGUUAUGUAAUUCUAUCUCGCAGAAUUUGUAUAGAAACACCGGACUUGAACAAUCCGACGGCAAAGUUGUCGUGGGGGCUCUCGUAGGUGUACAUGGACUGUUUGAGUUUAGAGGGAUGGACCCUGGUUGGCGCUGUCGUGCGUGGGGUUAAUGCACAUGUUUUUCCUUUUUCUGUUUGUUUGGUUCUGGUGGAAGUUCGGGGUUUGACUGUUGAACUGCUGUUGGAAUGUGGUCUUUAUAAUUUUAUUUUUGACAUGCAAUCUAUUUUUUCUGAUAUGUCAAAAUGUCUAAUGUUAAUAUGAGUGGAUUGUCUCUCUCCACGUGGAAUGUGAAUGGGCUGGGGCACCCCAUAAAAAGAAGGAAGGUUAUUUCUUUUCUGAAACGUAAGAAAUUUGAUAUAGUGUUUCUUCAAGAAACACAUCUUCCCCCGCAGGAAGCUGAAAAAUUGGGGAGGAUAUGGGGUGGACAUGUUUUCUUUAGUGCUGGCUCAAGUAAGAGCAGAGGAGUCAUUACAUUGAUAAGUAAACAUCUACAAUUUAAAUGUCUCAAACAGAUUAAAGAUAAAUUAGGAAGAGUCAUUAUUGUUUUAGCAGAAAUUCAGGGGCAAAGGUGGAUUUUGGCUAAUAUUUACGCACCUAACGCUGAUGAUCAGGGCUUUUUUAUAGAUCUUGAAGGGAUGUUGCAAGCCGCUGGCACCCCUCAUGAUAUAAUAUUGGUAGGAGACCUUAAUCUUUUGAUGGACCUUGAUCAUAGUGAAGCAAAAGUGAGUAAGCCCCCUAGAGCAACAUUGACGCUUCACAGGAUUUGUAAAAAAUCUUGGUCUUACAGAUAUUUGGAGACUUUAAACCCAUCUGGGAGUGACUAUACAUUUUUUUCAUCAGUCCAUAAGAUUUAUUCUAGAGUAGAUUUUUUUUUUCUUGAUUUCUAAGUCCCUCAUUUUAUCUGUUGUUGAUUGCUCAAUUGGAAACAUCUUAAUCUCAGAUCACGCCCUGGUGAGUUUAGAGGUGUUGCCACAUACGGAGAAAAUGAAA